UCUGCCUGCUACCUAGUUGAAACACAGUAUUCAAUACAAAAAGUUGUUGUGACUCACUUUAUUUCAUUGAAAUAUAUUCAAAAAUAUAAUGUCUAGAAAUAUAGUUUUUGAGGGUUGGUUAACAAAAUCACCUCCUUCUAGACGAAUUUUUAAAAUAAAAUGGCGGAGAAGAUGGUUUGCAUUACGACAAUCUGGUGAACUACCAGGGCAGUACUUCCUAGACUAUUACUCUGAUAGAAACAGACGGCGUUUAAAGGGUUCUAUAAAUCUCGAUCUUUGUGAGCAAGUUGAUGCUGGUUUGCAUAUGACUCGUAACAGUACUGGAAUACUAGAUCCUCGAAUACGUGGUUCAGUUUUCUCCAUUCAAACUCAGUCCAGAACAUAUCACUUAGAAGCAGAUUGUGAAGAAGAUAUGGAAAAGUGGGUUGAUGCAAUAUGUCGUGUUUGUGGCUUAAGGGCUACAAGUUCACCUCCAGAACCAGUUGUUACAAUUAUAACUGCAAGUGAAGAAUUGCGCGAAAUCGUCGUUCCCGGAAGUGGUACAUACCAAAACAGCACAAUGACGGUUAUGAAUGAUCAGUAUGAAUUUUCGGAGGGUACAGGACCUUAUAUACCGAUAUCUGAAUGCAUUACAGGAGUCCGUGCCGCGGAUUCCCAAAGUUCCUUCACCUUCGAUCCUAAUAAUAUAGUCAUUGGAGCUAAGUCAACCUUCGAGGGGCCUGAUAAAGGUCCACAGUAUUUAAGCCAUCCACACAUUCGUAUAAGUAAUGUUGACUUAUCUGAAAAUGAAUCUAAUAUAAGCGACGAGGAAUGUAAGUCGCUCAAUGCUAGUCAUUCUAAUAUAGCGAGAUACGGUAAUAUACCGGAUACCUGGCUACUUGCUAGAUCGUACGUUAGACCGGGGCCCGAUGAUGAGAAUAAACCUAACUUGAGAGCAUCUGGGAGUGGCGUCAGUAACAGACUCCGAGUGAGGUUUUCGAGUUUCAACAAAGAAGAAAAACCGAAGCCCCAUAGCAGCCCUAGAAGAAUACGCGACUCUGAAGAAGGCCCGCCGGUGCCACCGCGGCCGCCGAAGAGCGUCGGUUUCAAUACAGAGCAUAAGGAGUCGUUCCAGGGACCAAAGAUACAGGAGCCAGAAGGCGAUACAUCUCCCCCAUUCCCCUGGCUUCGUUCGUCCCGAAGAAUGUCACACGAGCAGCAGGCCGUUAAUCGGCCAAGGGUCGAGGAUAAUGCGUGUUGCCUCACCCAUGUAAGACACAAUGUAAAUACCGUUCACUAACAUUUCUAACACGUUUCGCUUUGCGCUAUUAAUAAUACUAACAAAAUAUUUAUAUUGAAGACCGACCUCAAACAAACCGAACAUUAUAUAAAAUCUAUAUAUUUCUGUAAAAAUGUGUUUUAAACAAUAAUAAAUAAGUGAACAAGUAGUUGUUUGAAGUCGGUUAAAACAGCAUGAUGCCAAAAUGAUGCGCAAGCAUUUUCUUAGCUUGGAAAUACAGAUUGUAAAAUUCCGAAAUGAAACUUGCCGGAAAGUAUUACCCGUAUGUAAAAUCUAGUACGUUUUCGACAUACGGGAGUCACGCUUGGCCCUAAGUCUCGUUUUUGAAUAUUACCCUUACGUUUGUGUAAUUAAUGCUUUCGCUUUUAAAGUUUCAACACGCUAUCAAAAUGGGGUAUAGGAAUUCUAUCGAAAUUGCAUUACAAGCUGAGGAAUAAGGUUUUUAUCGUGUAUAAAAUCAAUAUUGAAACUUAAGGUUAUCGAUAAAAUAUUUGUCAUGUCCAUAUAAAUUUCAAGUGAGAACGGAUAUGAUAAAAAAAAUUCAACAAAUUGUGUUAGCGUAAAGCGC